CCUCUUCUACGGGACUCGUAGUCGGCAAAAACAUCUCCGAUUACUUCGACGGAGUUUCCCUAAAUUAGAGGUUGGCCUGGACGGAAACAAAGAAUCCCAAUAGCAACAACAAUCACUCAAAUGCUUCCAGAUACGAGAAGCGAUUCUUCGAGCUGAGCUUUGACGGGAAGCACGAAGACAUGAUCUUGGACUCGUAUCUCUCGUUUGUGCUCGAGAAAUCUAAGGCCAUCAAGGAUGAAGAGAAGACUGUGAGGCUGUUCAACCUCGGCAACACGUAUCCGUGCGGCGGGCUCCUUUGGGAAGGCAUCAAUCUGGACCACUUGGCGACGUUUGAUAAAUUUUCGAUGGACUUAGAUCAGAAGAGGGCUGUUGUGGAGGACUUGGAUCGAUUUUUGAGGAGGAAAGAGUUUUAUAGGAGAUUGGAGAGGGCUUGGAAGCGAGGGUACUUGCUGUACGGCCCUCUCGACACCGGAAAAUCUAGUUUGAUCGCUGCAAUGGCUAAUUACCUCAAGUUUGAUGUCUACGAUUUGCAGCUGACAAGCGUAAUGCGCGACUCCGACCUGAGAAAAUUGCUUCUGGCAACGGCGAACAGGUCUAUUCUUAUGAUUGAGGACAUCGAUUGUAGCAUGCAGCUGAUGGAAGGCCGGCAGUUCGACGGGCGCAAGCCCCCCGAUUUGCAGGACAGUGUUUCCGAUUCUCUUGUUGCUACAUAUUUUAUGUCUUUGGAAUUUCUUGUUUUUGCUUAAAAUUAAUGAAUCUUUAAUUUGCUAU